AAAAAAGACCAAAAAAGCCAAAACCCAGUGAGAAGCUAAAACUUUGAUAAAAUGUUGGGGAUUACUGAGAUUUUUAUAGCUCUAGUAGUGUGUCUCCUGCUUUUGCAGUUCCUCAAGCUGCAGUGGAUGCGUACCCAGCUUCCUCCAGGACCAGCUCCCCUCCCCAUCAUCGGAAAUUUGUGGCUGCUGGACUUCAAAUUACGCCGAGAAACUCUCAGUAAGUUAACCAACAUCUACGGAAACAUCUACACACUGUGGAUGGGACAGACACCUCUGGUUGUGCUGAAUGGAUACAAAGCAGUAAAAGAUGGCAUUGUCACCCACUCAGAAGAAGUUUCUGGAAGACCUCUCACCCCUUUCUACAGGGAUAUGAUGGGCGAGAAAGGUAUUUUCCUGACAAAUGGCCACACCUGGAAGCAGCAGAGACGCUUUGGCAUGACAGUUUUAAGAAGUCUGGCACUUGGUAAGAACAAUUUGGAACAUCAAAUUCAAAGAGAGGCCUGUCACCUUGUGGAUAUCUUCACAAAUACAAAAGGCAAACCUUUUGACCCCCACACUUCCAUUGUCCGUGCAAUUGCAAAUAUCAUUUGUGCUGUUGUUUUUGGUCAUUGCUUCUCCAGUGAGGAUGAAUCUUUCACCAAACUCAUCAAAGCUAUUUAUUCUGUGAUCUACUUUCAAGGUACUAUCUGGGGCAGGCUGUACGAUGCUUUCCCACGGCUCAUGCACCAUCUCCCAGGGCCUCAUCAGGAGGUGUUUGCAUACAACGACUUCAUGCACAGAUUAGUCAUGGAGGAGGUUCAGGCUCAUGAGAGACAAGACACAGGUGAUCCACAGGAUCUCAUUGACUUCUACCUGGCUCAAAUAACAAAAACCAAGGACGACCCUACUUCUACAUUCAAUAAAGAAAAUAUGGUUCAGACUGUGGUUGAUCUUUUGCUGGGAGGCACAGAAACAACAAGCACCACUCUUCUCUGGGCACUGCUCUACAUGGUACAAUACCCAGAAAUACAAGAAAAGGUUCAAAGAGAGAUAGAGGCUGUUCUGGAACCCUCCCAUGUCAUCAGUUAUGAAGACCGUAAGCAGCUGCCCUACACAAAUGCUGUGAUCCACGAGGCUUUGCGCUACAGCAACGUCACCUCUGUGGGGGUCCCUCGACAGUGCCUGAGGAGCACAACUCUGCUGGGUUUUCACAUUAAAAAGGGCACGCUUGUGUUGCCGAAUCUGCAUUCUGUGGUGUAUGACACUGAGCACUGGGCAACCCCUUGGAAGUUCAACCCAGAUCAUUUCCUAGAUUUGGAUGGCAACUUUGUGAACAAAGAGGCAUUCUUACCUUUCUCAGCAGGGCACCGUGUAUGUCUGGGGGAACGGAUGGCACGAGUUGAACUGUUCAUCUUCUUUACCAAUCUCCUUCGGGCAUUUACAUUCCAGCUCCCUGAGGGGGUGAAGGAAAUCAAUCUGGAGUACAUUUUGGGUGCAAUACUGCAGCCACAUCCAUAUAAACUCUGUGCUAUUCCACGCUAGUC